AUCACCUUCCUACAUAGAAGUGUUAAUUAAUUUAAACUCAUUUCUAGAGGAUACAUUUUGUAAUUGCUUACUAUGCAAAGUUAGGGAGAGAAAGUAUAGCAUGCUAAAAAAAAAAAGUAUAGUAUGCUUAUGUGGUUGGGUAGUUUGGGAUUCUCUACCCAAAAGAAUUCUCUUUUCAACUUCCUUAAUCUCCUAGGCUUUAUUUCCCUAAGAGAGGUCUUACCGUAGUAUCUUCAGUUUUGAGUUGGGAUUAGUGUCUGCUUUUCCUUCAUGCUUAUUUUGUGUGUUUCCUAGGCAUAAGCCAGUUAUGUUUUAUUGUUUGAAUUCUUGAUUUUUUUUCUCUUGGAACCUCUAUUUUUCUGAUACUUUUUUUUUUUUUACCACCAUAGAUAGAUUUUGAUUUCUCUUUUAUGAGCUUGUACUUUUCCAGUUUGUGGAAAAGGUGAAUCAGAAACUUUGUGAUAUGAUCUACAAUUAAAAUCAGACAUGGAAAAAUGUUAAUAAAUUGGAGACUAAUGGUAUGAAUUACUGAAGGUAACUCUUAUAAAUCUUCAAACUUGUGAGGCUGCCACUGUGGCCAGUGGCGAACUGCUGCCUACAAUGCCAGCACCCUGUGUCAUAUCUGGGUGCUGAUUGGAGUCCUGAGUUCCAUCUCUCUAAAACCAAAACAUACUAGCAGUUUCUUUCUACUCUCUGUUCCACUGUUCAGUCCCUGGCUGCCACUGUUCUACAGCGGUCUUCAUGCGUUUGCCUAUUUUAGACACAGCUUGCAUCAUACAGUGUGUGAUUUUCUCUCUGGCUUUUUUGAGUCAGUGUGAUGAUUUGUGUAAUAGCUUGCAUCAUCAGUUCAUUUCUUUAUAGGGCUGAAUGACAUUUUAUUGCAUGAAUAUGACUUAUUUUAUGUGUCCAUUCAUCAGUUGAUGACCACAAAUGUGAAUGUGUAUUUCUAGUCUGAGUUCUAGUCCAUCUGUCUGCAUGUCAGUCCUUAUACCAAUACUGUGUUCUCUAAUUAUUAUAGCUCUGCAGUAAUUUCAGAAAUCACAGGUUUUAUUUUCUUGUGCAACCUGAUUCUGUGUAGUGGCUACACCAUUUUGUGUCUUCACUGAUAGUGUUCAGUCUCUCUAUGUCCUUGCUGACAUUUGCUUUGUUUUCUUUUGCAUUUCCUUGAUUAGUGGUGUUGAACACUUUUUCCAUACACUCUUUUACUAUUUGUAUGUCUUCAGAGAAAAAUCUAGUCAUCCUUAAUGAAUUUUAAAUUAUAGUGUUCGCUUUUUAGCUAUUGAGUUGUGGAAACUGCUUAAUGUACAAAGUACGUUUAAAACGUUUGUAGGGACCUAAGUGCGCCAUGGCUUUGGGAGGAUGCAGCAUCUCACCUGAGCUGAGCAGUGUCAGCACCUUCCCCAGGAGACAGGUUUAGUCAGCCAGCCCCAAUUCCAUGGUAACCAUGUGCGACUGUAAGGCAGUGAUCAAUGCGGAUAUGCCUGAAGAGAAGCAAUAGGAUUCAGUGGAGUGCGCUACUCAAACACUGGAGAAAUAUAACAUAGAGAAGGAUAUUGAGGCCCCCAUCAAUAAGGAGUUUGACAAGAAAUACAACCCCACUUGGCACUGCAUUGUGGGAAAAAACUUCGGUAGUUAUGUGACAAAUGAAACCAAACACUUCAUCUGCUUCUCCCUGGGCCAGGUCGCCAUUCUCCUAUUCAAAUCUGGUUAAAAGCAUGGACUCAGCCACAAACCCAGUGAUCCAUGCAAAAACAAGAACUGCAGCCUACAUUCCAAAUAUCAGAGACUGCCUUGCCAAGGAAUGCUUCAGUGUUUGAGCCUUUAUUGUGUUUUGUGCAGGGCAUUCUGUACUAGUUGUGGUUAUAAACCGAUUAGCCAAUAAUAGUUUGUAUUUGUAUUUAUUUCAUGCUUGGUUUUUUUCCCCACUCAGUUCAUUCCCUUAAAAGAAUAAAGGUUAGAGAUUUUUAAAAAAAGUUUGUAGGAAAAUUAAAACAAGUUUGGGAGCCUGGUGAGAUGGUGCCUUUUGUGAUGCUUUCAUCGCAUAUAGGCUCCAGUUCACAUCUAGCUGCUCCACUUCCAAUCCAGCUCCCCAGUGACGUGCCUGGGAAAGCAGC